UAUCUCUUCAUUCUUGAUCCAGGAAGGGGGAUGUGUGUUUUUAGAUGUACUGUUUCAUAACCAAACAUUUUCUACUAAAAGACUAAUCAUUUUGUCAUAACUUCUCAAUGUUUGUUUUAGAAAACUGCGCAAGCAGCUGAUUAGCUUUGCCUUGCUACUAAUCAGAAGACAAGUUUAAUACUUGGGUGCCCUUUUAUAACCUAUAGACAUUUUCCCCACUGUAGCUUCUAGUCUCCCCAAAGGAUCUCAUAGAGUGGUGAUGGAAAAGUGUGGAAAAAGGCUCUUCAGUCCAACUUGCCGACACCGGUCCCAUCUACACCAGUCUCACCUGCCUGUGUUUGGACCAUAUCACUCCAAACCUGUCCUUUCCAUGUACCUGUCUAACUGUUUCUCAAAUAUUGGGAAAGUCCCUGCCUCAACUACUUCCUCUGGCAGCUUGCUCCAUACACCCACCACCCUUUGUGUGAAAAAGUUACCCCUCAGAUUCCUAUUAAAUCUUUUCCCUUUCACCUUAAACCUAUGUCCCUUUCACCUUAAACCUAUGUCCUCUGACCCUCUAUUCACUUACUCUGGGCAAGAGACUGCUUCUACCAGAUCUAUUCUUCUCAUGAUUUUAUACACCUCAAUAAGAUCAGAACUAGGGGUCACAGUUUAAGGAUAAGAGGGAAGUCUUUUAGGACCGAGAUGAGAAAAUUAUUUUUUACACAGAGAGUGGUGAAUCUGGAAUUCUUUGCCACAGAAGGUAGUUGAGGCCAGUUCAUUGGCUAUAUUUAAGAGGGAGUUAGAUGUGGCCCUUGUGGCUAAAGAGAUCAGGGGGUAUGGAGAGAAGGCAGGGAUGGGAUACUGAGUUGGAUGAUCUGCCAUGAUCAUAUCGAAUGGCGAUGCAGGCUCGAAGGGCCGAAUGGCCUACUCCUGCACCUAUUUUCUAUGUUUCUAUCAACCCUCAUCCUCCUGCGCUCCAAGGAAUCGAGCCCAGCCUACUCAACCUCCUCUCUAUAGCUCAGACCUAGUCCUGGCAACAUCCUUGUAAAUCUUCUCUGUACCCUUUCCAGCUUGACUGCAUCUUUCCUAUAACAUGGUGACAUACUGAACACUUUAAAUGUGGCCUCACCAACGUCUUGUACAACUGCAACAUGACCUCCCAUACUCUAUCUUUAGUUCUUGUGUUUCUCAUCCAUAUAUAGCCCCUCUGUAACAUCAUCUGAAACAAACAGUGCAUGGUUCCAUGUUGUCACCAUCUUGAUUUCUUCACUCUUUAGAUUGUUUGGUGGGCAGAAAUUCUUCCAAUUUAAUAUUGAGCACAGAAAGUAUUUUCUCCUUGGUGUCCUAAACUUUGUUCUGCAGCCUCUGAUUCUUGCUCUCUUUGUGUUUUUGCUGAACCUGACUCCUUACGGCAUUUGUCAUUUUUACCUCCUUAUGGGGUUUGGAGCGUCAGCUUCACUUUUUGGCAGUCUUUUUCCAUCUUGCCAAAAAUGAUGAACAAUACCACCCGGAUCUUUGAUUGAAAAGUGUCAUGUUCUUAAUUGCCCUCAGAUUUGACUAUCCCAGUGCUUUUAUUGUACUUUCUGUAACUUUCUGGUUCUGAAACUGUGCUGCCUUGUACUACCUAAUUUCUGUAUUUUGUCUGGGCUCGCAUCAGCUGUGGCUCAAGGUUGAGCAGUGCCAUGAGAUAAAAAUGAGUCUUGCUUUCAAAUCCUUUCACUCCUACAAUUUCUUCUCGUCCCUCCCCUUAAAACAAAACCAUAACCUUGCACCCGCCCUGAGCUCUGAUAUCUUAUCCCACCUUGUAUCCCUCGUGUGUGCUCUUCCAUCUUUUGAGAAUUGCGAAUUGGUCUGUCAUGGACAGCUAUAUAUUUCGUUUUCCCGAUCCUAAUCCUUGGAAUUCAUCUCACUCUUAUUCUUAUCAGUUCCUUCAACACCUGAUUCCACCAUCGGCAAAAGAUGAGACCCAAUAAAACCUCAGUGUUGGCAAUAUUAUCAAAAUGUUUUUGUCAUGGGUUCUGCUUUGAUCUAACAUAAUUGUAUUGGAUGUCCACAUUUCCUAGUGCAUUAGCCUGCCUUCCAAACUCUGAAUUAUUAUUUUUUUAUCUGCAGUCCAGGUUACCGCAUUGUUCUAUUUUUGUCCUUUAUCUUUUUUUCCUUAAAACUUUCUGUGUAAAAAUGAAGAAUGCAUCCAAAUCUGUUUCAUUCUUUUGUUUAUUAAAAAAUAUGAAUUGGAUUUUUUGCAUGUAAAUAUUUCCUCGAAGAUUAAAAUCUGAAGUGCCUAGUUUUUAACAAAAUUGCUCCGUUCACUGUGAUUUGGAACACAAUGAAAUGUAGACAUCUUUAGUCUCGAAGUAUUCAAUAUCUUGUUUAACUGAAGCACGGCAGAAAAUAAUCAGAUGUCUUUGUCAUAUUAAGCAAUGACGUGACUGGGUUGAGGGAAACGGGUACAAGGUUAGUGUAAUUGAAAGCCAAGCACCCAGACCAGGUCACUAAUGGUAUAUGGAAGAACAACAAUUAGGAUCUUGGAAAAUGUUCUUGAAGUUUGGGACAUAACCAUUGGUAGUUUUUUGCCCACAUGGUGUUUGUAUAUCUUUGAGCAGUGGUAGUGCAUUCAGACAUCUAUCCAUUCUUGGGCAUGUGUUUUAGCUUGAAACAAGGUAUUAGGUUUUGGGUUGCUAGUUCAGUCAUUCCAGAUUCUAAUUUAUCUUCAGCAUGUGAAUCUGGUCAAUACUUGUCUAGCAAAUGACACCUUGCUUGGUGAGAUAUUUUUUAAAUUUUCAGAGUUCAUUGAAUAAGAUGGGAUGGGCCAGAUUUAUAGAGCAGCUCUCUUUUGCUGUUUUCAGGAUUUAUUUUUCAGCCAUGUCAAAUAACUGAAGCUGACCUUAAAUUGGCUGCAGGAAAAAUAAUUACACUCUAUAAUUGCACUUAAAAGUAAUUCUUCUUUAAUGAUGUCUUGCGAUUGUACUGAGCUAUGUAAAAUUUGUUCCAUUUCCUGUUCUGGAUCCAGGGCUUGAGCAACUGAAUAUUAAAAUCGUGCUCCUGUUUGCUCUAUAUUGAUGAAUUGUAAAUGUCUAAUCCUGAACACAUUUUUAUACUAUUUCACCAACUCGCUAUCAAUACCAGCAAUUAAUCCAAUCAGCACAACCUCAUUCCCUUAAUAAAUGAAGAUUGACCUUGAAUAUGCAAUAGCUAGACUUGUCUAAUUUUAAAAGUUAAGUCUGCUUUUAAGGUGUUGCCCUAUAAAUUGUUUGCAAAUUGAAAUCAGAUACCAUCUUUCAUCACCAUCUAAAAGAAGAGAUUACUAUUUUGGACACACAAGAAUCCUCCUUUCAGGCAAAUCUUGUAAUUAGCCUUUCCGUGAUGUGUUGUAGAUUUGUCUAAAAUUUAUAAUCAUGCUUGUAUAAUAUUUAAAUUUAUUUCCCGGUGGCACGGUCGCGUAACAGUAGAGUUACUGCCUUACAGCGACAGAGACCCGGGCUCAAUCCUGACUAUGGGUGCUUAUCUAUGCAGAGUUUGUACGUUCUCCCCGUGACCUGCGUGGGUUUUCUCCGAGAUCUUCGGUUUCCUCCCACACUCCAAAGACGUACAGGUUUACAGGUUCAUUGGCUUGGUAGAAAUCUAAAAAUUGUCCCUGGUGUGUGUAGGGUAGUGUUAGUGUGCGGGGAUCGCUGGUUGGUAUGGACACGGUGGCCCGAAGAGCCUGUUUCCAUGCUGUAUCUCUAAACUAAACAAAGCUGAUGUCUAAAACUGAAUGCAAAUAUAUUUAAAAUGUUUUUAUGAUAAGCAAUGAGUACAUGUGUGUAUUUUUCCACAGAAUUGAACAAGUUUUUACUGGGACACAAUGGAAUUUCAAGUCAAAGCCAGAAUGUCGGGAUGGAUCCUUCACAUGCAUGUUGCAUACUGCAGCAGCUUAAAUGUAUGUACGAUGAACAGCAGCUGACAGACAUUGUGGUGGAGGUAGAUCAUGGAAAAACGUUUUCCUGUCACCGAAAUGUACUCGCUGCAAUUAGUCCUUACUUUAGGUCUAUGUUCACAAGUGGCCUUACAGAGAGCACCCAGAGAAGAGUGCGGAUUGUGGGAGUGGAAGAGGAUGCAAUGCGGCUUGUGUUGGACUAUGCAUAUACUUCCCGAAUAUUGCUGACGGAGGUCAAUGUGCAGGCUCUUUUUACAGCUGCUAGUCUCUUCCAAAUCCCAUCCUUGCAGGACCAGUGUGCCCAGUACAUGGUCAGCCGAUUGGAUCCGCAGAAUUCCAUCGGGGUCUUCAUGUUUGCUGAUGCUUACGGACACAGGGAGUUGAAGGAGAAAUCGCAAGAUUACAUUAGAAAGAAAAUAUUAUGUGUUGCCAAAGAGCAAGAAUUCCUCCAUUUGACUAAAGACCAGCUCACGAGCAUCCUAAACAGUGAUGACUUAAAUGUAGAGAAGGAAGAACACGUUUAUGAAAGCAUCAUUCUGUGGCUCGAGCAUAACAGAGACAAACGGGAACCGGAUCUUGCGGACGUUUUUGCCAAAUGUAUACGCGUACCUCUGAUAGAUGAAAACUUUUUGCAGAAAAUCCCUUGCACUUUUGCACAGGCUAUGGCUUGCAGCUCCUCGGAAGAUGGAAACUGUGAAGGGGCAGACGGCUGUAAGCCAAGACUUGGUAUGACUGCCUCGCAGAUGAUUAUCUGCUUCGAAGCUGCCAACAAACACUCAGGGAAGAAACAAACUGUGCCUUGUUUAGAUACCGUCACGGGAGAAGUCUUCAAAUUAUGCAAACCCCCAAAUGACCUGAGGGAGGUGGGAAUCCUGGUGUCGCCUGACAAUGACAUUUACAUUGCAGGAGGUUACAGGCCAAGUAACAGUGACGUUUCCAUAGAUCACAAGGCCGAGAGUGAUUUCUGGAUGCACGACCAUGCUGCUAAUAGGUGGCUGCCCAGAGCUCCAUUGCUCAGGGCACGCAUUGGCUGUAAGCUAGUUUAUUGUAUUAGCAAGAUUUAUGCAAUUGGAGGCCGUGUGUACGAAGGUGAUGGGCGGAAUGCACUAAAAUCAGUGGAGAGCUACGACGGCAGGGACAACUGCUGGAUAGCUGUGUGUCCAAUGCCUGUCGCUAUGGAGUUUCACACUGCAGUGGAGCAUCAGGAUAAUAUCUAUGUAUUGCAAGGGGAAUUUUUUCUGUGCUACAACCCUCACAAAGACUACUGGGGUUGUCUGACACCAAUGAGCGUGCCUAGAUCUGCAGGAUUAUCCACUGUCUGCAAAGAUUUUAUCUAUUACGUGGCUGGGAUUUGCAAAGCACAUCAGCGGAUGCCCACGGUCGAGGCUUAUGACAUCCAACUUAAUAAAUGGAUAAGGAAGAAGGAUCUCCCAUUGGAUCAGUCCACAAACCCCUACAUUAAACUCUUCCUGCUCCUUAACAAACUGCACCUCUUUGUGCGGGCAACGCAGGUGGUGGUGGAGGAGCAUGUUUUCCGUACAAGCCGCAAGAACUCUUUGUACCAGUACGACGAAGAAUCCGACCAGUGGAUGAAAGUGUACGAGUCACCAGACAAGCUAUGGGAUCUCGGCCGCCAUUUUGAAUGUGUUGUCGCCAAACUUUAUCCACAAUGUCUUCAGAAAGUGUUUUGAUUUACUUUUGGCAUCCUGCAUGAAAUAACGUGUGACAUGGGCUAACAAUAUUUUGUGUGAGGAAAGUGGCUGUUUUAAAAGCACUGAUGAAGCUGGAUGGGUGCUUUUGAAAGUAGCAGUCUUUUGAACUGGUUCAAAAGUUUAGUUUUCUAAUCAAUUUUACUAACUUCACUGGUGCUGGGGAAUAUAAAAGUGCAAUUACUUACUUGGAUUACCUUUUUUUGUUAAAUUAUCUGGUUCUUUCAAUGGCAUUUCUUCUUGCACAGCUGUCAUCCAUUGCCUGGCAACCUUAAAACUAUGCAGACUAACGGGCAAAAUUCAGCUUGUCAGUAAGAAUUUGCUUUGCCCAUUGGUAUGGGAAAACUCUGAAGCCUUUAAGAUACGGGUAUGAAUUUAAGUUCUGCAGACGCUUGUAAUUGUGUGUCUGUAUUUGUGAGUUGAGUAUGUUAUGUUUAGUUACUUGACAUGAUUGUGAAGAUAUUUUGGCUGGAUCUGAAUGAGAAAGAAGUUCAGCAUCCAUGGACGACCAAACGUAACAGUUUAAAUAUACGGAGGAGAAACCUGGAAAUUGGCACCCACGGAAUUGUUUUUUGUUCCCAUCCUGUCCCUUUCAUUACUUAAGGAGAACAUUUUUCAUUUCUAAUUACACACCUUUUGAAUACUCAUAAUAUACAUUUAACAAGUGUCAAUUUCAAGCUCUGUAAUGAAACAGACAUAACUACUUUAGGUGCAUUUACCAAAAAAUAGUUUGAGGAGGGUGGAGAUGUAUUUGGUAUUUUUCAAAACAUUGGUCUCUGAGCUUCAUUGUCAUUCUUAGUGUGGUAGCACAGAACCCGAGCAAUGAUAUUUGUACCACAACAUUUAAUGUGGUUCAUUUGUUAGUGAGAACAGACCAGAAUUGAGUGAUGGGGCGAUUUUGGUUCUUCAUUCUCCAACCUCUCCAAUUGACUUGAGCUACAACGGCAUCUUAAAAAAAAAGCAUUCAAACGUUCAAUGUUUGUAUUUUGUGCUUGCACUGUAUCUCCCCCCCCCCCCCCCCCCCCCCCCCCCGAUUCGCUUAAAUCAUUUUCAACUAUUUCACACCUAAAUAUGGUGUACUGGCUGUUAUGUAAACCAUUCCUCCCUUGGUUUAAUUUCAUAUUCACACUUUGUCUUAACAGUUUAAUGUGCCCUGAUUAUAAUGCCAUCUGCAUUCUGCUCAUCACUGCAAAUGUACAUAUCACAUAUGAGUUUCAAAAAUCCUUUUGCAUACAGUUUUUGGGAAAGCAUUAAUAGAAACUGUGCAUAGAAAGACAGGGAAAUUAGAAGCCUGAAAUGUAUGUUAGAACGAUGAUUACAGGCAAAAUUCAAUCUGCUUUCUUUGUGCAAACCUUGUAAGAAGACCAUGACUGAACUGGUAAUCAGCAGUCACUAUUGUACAAAUUAAAUCCUUGACCAGAACUUUUCUACUCGUUCAAGUGUGUACUGAAGGGAAUAAAAUGUGAAUUUGGUUGAACUGUUUCUGAUGCAUUUGAGGCUAGAAAUGUCAACCCCUAUGUAUGUCAUCUGCACUAUUUUUAGCACAGUUUAGUCUUAAAUGAUAUUUUAGAUCUUAUCUGUUUCCAAACUGUUCUUUGUCAAAAUAAGACCUUCUAACAAGCUAAAAGCAACUAAUUUUGUACAGCCGAGAACUAUAACCAGGUGCAACAAUAUUUUAUGCAUUUCUCAAAACAUGCACAUUGUUUAAAAUUGAAUGGAGUAACAUACGAAAUGCAGCAAAUAGAUUAUGUAUACUAAAUGGCAUUAAUAUCUUCCCAGGAAAAAUAUUGCAGUUGUAGAAACCAAAUUGUACAUAAUUAGGAUUGCUGCCUUAUGGUCACAAGUUCCAUCCUUGCUCUUCAGUCUCAAAUUUACUUGGAAAAGGUGAAUCAAUCUCAGAUGAGCAGCACUAAUUUGAACAUUUUUGGUGUUGAUUUUGUAUAAUGCGUAAUUUGAUGGAUUUCCAAUAGACUGGAUACCUUGGCGGAACAUUCUAGUGUACUUGAAUCUUGAUUUGAAGAAUAUGCAGCGUUGGAGUGCUUGGGUAUCUUUAAAUUCAUUUGAGGGUGAAUUCUUCAUGGUUAGAAUGCAAAGCCAAAAUCACCUGACAUUUUAUACUUAAAAUGAUCUAGCAUAAUGACAACGCCAGAUAACCCAAUGUUAUCUAACAAAACCAGUUGGUUAAAUUUGUCUGUAAAUAAAUUCCAGUUCUAUCUUGGUUCCACCCAGUAAGUCUUGACAUAAAGAUAAAUAUUGCCAAGCUGAAAUUAUUUUUUUCACCCAGUUGACCUGUGCUUUAACUUAAAGUGCAGUCAGUUGCAAUUAAAAUAAUUUUAGGAUAACCUCUGAGGGAUUGGACAUGUUUAUUGACAAUUACUGAAUAUUGAAUAAUGCAGUGCAUUUGUCUACAUUCUUGGCUAAACUGUGGUUGACACUGGGAACUUGCUUUUCAGCUCUAACUGCAAAAUUAAGUGAAGCUGUAGGCCUGAGUACAAGUUAAGCAAUCUUGGAAGUAGACUGAUGAUAGAUUAAUGUAGGGUCAUAGGCUUCAAAUCCAGAUAUGAUAGGAAGUUCUCCCAACUGGAUUUUAAAGCAAAUUUAAUAUUUCAUUCCUGGUUGAAAUUCUUAGUCUGAUUCAUUCUAUUUGCUAGCACAGAUGGAUUCUAUUUUUGUUGUUGCUAUGUGGGUGUUUAAACUUUUGAAUUCCAGAGCUUUCCUCUGCUAUGUGAGACAAAGUUAGAUAUAGCAACAUCUUACUUGUGCCGUAGAUGUAAUAUUUCCGUGUGCACAAGAGCUACCAAUUAUACUAGCAAUCAUUCAGACUUUAAGCAUUCAUACUUCAUUGACGUGUAAGCCAGCCAUCAUCUUAAAGUGUAUUAUACUGGGUGUCUCCCAGGUUAUUUUGAAACUGACAGUCACUUGCCACUUGGCCACAAUGUUAGUAUUUAAUAUACAUGGUGCAUUUUAAAAGGGAUGAAUGCCUUAUAAUAGUUGGUAUUUACAUUUUCCAGAUUCCAUAACUUUUCAAUACUGCUCGGUUUGGACUACAGGGCUUGAAUUAUUUGAAGCUCUUUAAUGGUGCAGUCCUCUCUGCCACUGUAAUUAUGUCGUACUUCAAUGAAGGUAAUAUGAAAUAUUUCUUUGGACUGAAAUAUAAAAAUGGCAGCUACAUUUUAAAAUCUAAAUGUCAAAACUUAGUAUAUUCCCCACAUUCAGCAUAAGGUAAACUAAGUGCUAUGUAUUAUAAUAGGUUAUUAGCAAUAAUAAAGGUCCAGAAAACAGUUUGGUAGCAACAUUUUGGCUAUAAGCUUGUGUAUCGAUGAAGCUGGCCACAACUCUGGAUAUACACAGCAUCAGAAACCCUGACAGGUUACAAACUUGCUAUUUUCUUUGAUUCAUAACAUUUGUCAUUAUGGUGUUGGCCAGCUUGAAUAUUGUGCAUUUUAACCACUCUACAAUUUGGUAACUGCUAACUUUUUAAAGCACCUUUCCAGGUUGUGUUGCAUUAAAUGUAAGAAACUAUACAGUGAGAUAUUUAAUUUUCAGAAAUUUGUUCUAAAUUAAACAAUAUUGCUGCUGUUUAGGACAAUCUUUAUUUAUAGAGGGUAUCAACAUUGGGGAGGGGAGGGGAGGGGGGGGCAAUUAAAUGAAGCUGCAGUUAGCUAGAAUUGAUUCAGCAAAUGAACCACAUCACACCAUAUAAUAUUCAACCUGUCUAGCUUGCAUUGUGAAAAUACAAAGCUGGUUUACGAUUUUUGUGAAGUUGAAUACUGUGUUUUUGUAUAACACUUGUAGAAUUUAGAUAUUUGCCCUGUAGAUUUAGUGUUCUUUCCAUCAGCUGUCAAAGCUGCUCAUUCCAUUGUGUGCAAAGAUUUAGCUCUAGUUAACAUUUUUUUUUGUGAUUUGAAAUGUACCUUGAGAUUAUGACUUGAAUUAUGAGAUGUAAAAUAACAUCUAGCUGUACUUGCACAGGAUUUGAAUGCUUCAGAAUUGGUGUUCAGGCGGGAUAAGAUGGUUUACUUGAUACAUGAUGUAGUUUAAAGUACUGUGACUUGUAAUGAAAUGAGACUAUAUUCUUGAAAUAAACUGAUUAAAGGA